AGGCCUCACUGAUAUGGCACUCCCCUUGGAGUUUGGUGAAAAUUCUCUACUUCAUGAGUCGGUACUCUCCAAUUCUCGAUGUCGCCUUCCAUGUCCAAGAGCACAUUCAACCCUUGGCUGAUCCCAAGGUACAGCUAUUUGUGCCUCGUGGUGAUUAAGCCCAUCAUAACUGUUUACAGAUUUGCUAUAUCAGCCACGAUAUAGCUACUGGUACUUAUACCACAUGACUAUACCCAGCUGUCGGCUUACUUGUCGUAGUUUCCACCGGGGUAGGAAUUGCCGUAUCUGAGUUGAUCUUGAUUGUGUGAACAUGCGCCUUGUAUGGUAACUGUAAGAGCAUGGUUUGGGGGCUCGGCUUGAUAUGGACGAUCUGGGUAUUAGGAAAUAGCUGGCCUCUCGUCAAGUUCAUGAAGACAUCUGUCUUUGAGCGUCAAGUGUCAGCUUUGGUUCCGGGUUGCUACUUAACCAAAGCGAGCCCUCGCAUUUUUAUAUGUUUUGCCUCUCUUCUACUACUGGAAACCGUAAUGGUCGUGUUGACUGUCUGGAAGGCCUUCAGAUUAUUUCGAGGCUCUACAAACCUCCUCAUUUCUAGAUUCUUCCGAGAUGGGAUAAUGUACUACAUUUGUCUAUUCGCUUUGACGUUGGCUAACGUCCUGGUCAUUCUAUUGGCUCCACAUGACAUGCUAGACUUACUUGAUACGUUGCUCCGGGUCUCUCACAGCAUACUGUGCUGUCGUCUUCUACUCGGACUUCGUGAAACGGCUGCUACUGCCGAUAUGUCAGCGCCGCGAGGAGGUAUGGCUACUACACUUCCUGUAUCAAGUCACGUCGAGUUCAGGAUUCCAUUCGUAAACGACGAGGGAGAAACGAGCAUACCAUAGUUGUCAGUCUGAGUCGGGAAAGGAGCACCCAGUUUUUGAGUAGCAGGAAGGAUCUGACUUUAUUGCAUGCCAAUUCAGGUUUUUUUUUUUUUUUUUUUCCCUGCUGGCUCCUGGCCUAUUAGAGAGCUAUGUAGUCGAAUAAAAAUCACGGCGUAACGGCCAAGUAACGCUGCAGAGUUUUUAGGCGCAAUUUGCAGAAUUUGACAUCGCCAUCGCCGUUGAAC